GCACCCCAAACAAUUCGUACGCAGACUGCUUUGUCCAUAUACAAACGCUGUGCUAGUAAUUCCCCACAAGAUCGAUUCAAGCGCUGCAGGUCAUCGGAUACUCGCAAUAUUUCAUCACUUCGGUUCUUCGCGGCUUCCUACAUACAGUUGAACUGCAUAUAGGGGCUCGCUACUGGAUUCCUAACCGUGUUACGCUGUUCGUUUGGAUGAACUCUCGACUUGGCAUAAAGGAGCCAAAUGAGUCAGAUGUAUGAUGGAAGAGGGAUGGACUCAGCACCCGCAUCUGGAUCUGUAAGGAGAGCACGCGAGAUGGCGCAAGGUGGAUAUCCGCGACAGCAGCCUCUGUACCCAGACAACAUGGACGACAGCCCGCCUGGCGAACUGAGGGCCCCUCCUCGUCGUCCCAUGGGAGGACACCCCUCCGCGCAACCAAGGCUUCCGAAACCCAAGGCUGCGCCUGCCAUUGAUUAUAGAAGUGGAAAUCCUGGUGUUGCCAUAUCUCGACCACAGCAAGUUCCACAAUGGCCUCUACCCGGCCCCCCGAUGGCCGCUAUGAAUUCGCCCGACCCCGAACCAUAUCGACCACCACCCGGACGACCGACUCAGGCCCCUCAACGACCGCCCCGACCCAGUCAAGUUCCUUCUUUGCUGGAUCAGUCUCGACUCCAAGAACCGACCCCAGUGUUUCUCACACCCGAGUCUGACGACUAUCACUCUUCCGUUCCGCCUUCUCCAUCCUCCCGAAUGACAACCUCUAGUCUUGGAUCGCUCCCUGACUUCCCUGAGCCUAAUCAAUCGACAUCUGCAGAUUCUAAUAGAAGAAGUGUCAAUCUGGCCCCCCCUAGAGCGAGCGCCAAUCUAGGACCUCCCCCGUCAUCUCGCAGGGGCGCAUCAUCCUUCUACUCACAUGCUUCUUUUGUCUCGCCAAUUCCCGAAGAGAGUCUCAAUUCGAGAUCACACGGUUCUUACGCCUCAAGCGCGGCUAUGCCUGAAAGCUGGCCAGCAGGUUCUCGGGCAGUCAGUCCCUCGUAUUACGAUGAGACAGACAACAAGAGCCAGGAUUCCGCCUAUGACGAGUUUCAUGAUGAGAGCAAACUGGUCCGCAGUGCAAGCAUCGGCAAGAGAGGAAAGCCCUCAAUUGUUACUACUAAAUCAUUCAUUAUGGAGCCCAAUCACCGCCCUGCACCAUCGCCGGUUCAGCCUUUCGACUCGGGAACCGGCUAUAUUGAUGCUUCAACAAGCUCUUCUAACACCCUUCCUCUGGCGAAGACUUCGGCACCUUCGCAAAACCCUCAUGACAGCCUUAGCCCCGACGCUAUCCUGGGUGCAUAUGCUGCUGCCAGCGCCACCAACUUGUCAGAAGUACAAGUUCCAGCGCCAACACCUUCCCCUCAGCCUUACAGUCGACUUUCGGCUAUUCGACGACCCCCGAAGCUGGACAUUGAGGCAGUGAGAAGGGCUGAAGAGAGAGGCAGUAUCACCAGCUUGCCUGAUUUGAUCCGACGUGCAACUCGCCUUGCUACCAUGAUUGAUUCUGGCAAAAGACCAGCGAGCCGAUUCGACAACUUGAAUGAUUUCUUUGAUGACAAGGGGCAGACUCGAGGGGGUGACAAAGAAAACUCAGGGCUAUCGGAUAUGCUGGCAGCAUUCCCUCCUCCCGCACAACAACCAGAGCGACAGAACCGUGGAUCCUGGUUUCGGACGACAUCCUGGCCCUUGGCACCGACCCGUCAGGGUGAUGUUCCUUCACGAUCUGGCCUUCGCGAGAUGACGCCUUCGGAUGAAGGCCAGGGCAAGCGACGUCGGCGCUGCUGCGGUCUGCCUGUGUGGGCGUUUGUCCUCUUACUACUCUUGCUUGUUGGCAUAAUUCUGGCCGCUGUCCUUGUCCCAUUGGAAUUUUUUGUCUUUAAGAACUUGGGCAAUGAUGAAAAGCCAAAGUCUGCCCUUGCUCAAUGCCAAGAAUCAUUAAAGUGCCAGAAUGGUGGAACAAAUAUCAUGUCGCAGGGUACAUGUUCAUGCAUUUGCACAAAUGGUUUUACAGGCUCCGACUGCAGCGUAGGUGGCUCCGAUGGUUGCACGACUACGGGCUUGGGCAACGACCUGAACAACGUGACGCUUGGCAAAAGUAUCCCACGCCUUAUCGAGAACAGCCAGAAAAACUUUUCUAUCCCUCUAUCCGGCACUGCCAUCAUGGCGAAGAUCAAUGCUGCAGAGCUGUCCUGUAUUGCCCAGAACUCCCUUGUUACUUUUGAUGGCGCUGCAGCACGCAAAAGGACUUUGCUCGACAGCCUGGCUCUCCAGUUCAAGCGAGAGGUCGCCGCACCGACUCUAGUUGCCCGUGUACCCGAAACUGCCCCUGCCGUCGUCGUAUCCUCUGAAACCGCCGCGCCUACUACGCUGGUGGUUGACGAGGGAAGCCCCGAAAACGCGCCAACCUCAACAAGUGACGCUGGCAAUGCUGCACAGACCUCAGCGGCAGCAGACCCAUCGCAGACACAGGACCCGAUGACCAAAUUCAAGAUUACAAACGAGGUCCUCGACUUCGCGCGUAUUGCCGUCCUCUAUGUGUUGCAGGAGGAGGACGUGGACAGUGCCGAAGACGCCCAAUCUAGCCUUGCACAAUUCUUUGCCAAGGCUCGUAAAGAAGCAGGUGUUUUGGUAAAAGAAGCAGGCAAUGUCAGUAUUGGCGACAAAGAGUCGGUUGACUUGUUGAGGUACAAGAUCAGUAUCGAAUCCAAGACAAUAGGGGGAAACGUGAAGCGCCAUGUGCUAUCUCCAAUAGCUGCUCUUACCCACCCGUCUCUUCGACAUAGAGCAGUCCAUGGGCCAAGGUGAAGCAGAGCAGCGAGGUUCAGAUGAUCCAGGAGUCAAAAGUAGACACUGUAUAUAAGGCAUGAACAUAGGUAAAUAUGCAUUUCGCAAUGAUGGCGUCGGUCUAGUGCGUUCGUUUCGUUAUUUGCUUCAGUUCAGCUUCGCCAGGGCCGGGCCAUGGAUGGUAAUGAGUGUGGGAUAAAGUAACAGGACUGAUGAAGAAGAAGACGGGAAAAGAAAAGAAGGAAAGGAGCAAGAAUUUUGCAUAGGCAUCUCGGAGGCGCCCUUUUCAUCUUAUCCUAUUCUAUUCUACUACCCCCCCUUUUACAGUAUGUAACACUCGCGAGCGAGAUUAGCAAGGGCGUUGUACCAAAAGAUGGAGGCCUCGGGACUUGAUACUCGAUGCCAUGAAUCGUAAAGAGAUUUGAAUCAUAAGCUCUUUAUGAGUCCGGAGUGUCUGUGACUUUUCUUUAUACCAUUCCUGAAUUUUAU